AAGCUGGCUCACAAUAGUUUAUUUAAUAGGAAUCGGCUAUGGCUCCUAAUAAAUUUAAGAAUAUUUAGGCAUGAAUUUCAACAAAAAGCAUUUUAUGCUUAAAUAUACAAGAUAUUAAUCAACUGCUGGUUUACCUUCGGUCCAGUUAACAGCCUCAGCAUUUGCAAAGCAAAAUUUGCACUCGGAUAUAUUUGCAACGGGAUCUGCAGACGCGUUCGGCGAACAUAAACAAUGUGACUAAAAUUUGCAUGGAUGCUGGAACCUGUUGGAAAGAAAUUAUGAAAUUAAUCUAAAAGCUGUUGUGCAUUAUUACGCUGUGUUCCAAACUGCCAUUGGAAGAGUCUUAAGAAUCCAGCCGGACAACCCAUCGAAAAAUAAAUGCUGAACAAUGUCGAGCAAAGAGGAAAUGACGGUCCCCAAAAACCAAUUCAGCUUUUUGCAAGAUAGGAAAACCUAUUGGUACACUGUAAAUGAAAUUAAGAAUGAAGCCACAUGCCCAAGCUGUGGCAGAUCUAUUGAUAAGUUUAAAAAUCUAACUGCGCACGUGAAACGCUGUUUUAGCAUUAAGAAAAUCGGACCUAUAUACAGACUGCACGGCUAUGUCGAAUGUAAAUGUGGACUCCUAAUCGCUGACAACACCAAGGCACAAAAGCUGCAUGUGUGCAUGGGGGAAGUGCCCGCUUUUGAGCCGGAUUUGACGUAUGUCCGCAAGAAACCAACGCCGGAAGAUCGGAAGGCGACAGAUAAACGCAUGUCGUUGAGCCCCCAUCUGGAGCGUGAGCUGCUGCAGCCCAAGCCCUGGAUACGUAACUUUGUCUCACCCUUUAAGUUAGAUAUAGAAAAUAUGCAUGACAAUCCCAAUCCCAAGCCGGAGCCGCGCGUACGCAAUUUUGAUUUGCCAGUGAGCAGCAAACGGGAGCCGAAGAAUGUCAGCGUCUACUCCAUAGGCUCAAAUAAUGGCACAAUUUUCGUAACUGGACAAGCGCCGCCGCCAACGGGCAAUCAGAAUGUGAUCCUAAUUAAAAAACGAGCACUGCGUCUGCCACAGCUCAAGAGCGACAAAUGCAGUUAGUACGAGCUCGUGCUGAAGUACAACUAUUUAUUUAAUACGCAGCCCGAAAAGCAUUUGAAAUAAAAGAUUGUAUUAGUUUUUUUUAUAUGUAAUAAAUAGAAAGAUCAUUUAUUAUAUAUAGUAAUUGUAAAAUGUUGGGUUUACAACUUAUGUAUUGCUUAGCUUUUUAUGAAAUACAAAUAUGUUUGCACAAUUACAAAAAAAAGAACAUCAAAUGCGACAAUAACUACGUUUAGUUUUGUGUAAAGUUUAUGCAUUAGUUUCGUAUAGUACAUACACUAUAUAAGUAAUAUAUAUAUUGAAUAGUAUUUUCGGUUGUUAAGUGUAAAAAUGUCUAAAACUGGCUAAGAA